AUGAAAUCUCUAUUUGUGAUUGCACUUCUUUUGCCAAUCGUUGCCGCUCAAGCCCCGACGGAACCCGAGAUCACCGAGGAGACCAAGCAGAAAAUCGCUCAGGAAGAAAACGCGUUGAGUCCCGACGCGAAAACUUUCGUCAACCGAGUCAAGGAGGCCUUCGAGAAAAACAAGGGCGAGAAUGGUGCGCUGAACAAGGAGCAAGUCGAAGCAGAGGUUGAUCAAAUCCGAAGCGAACUCGAGAGCAACCCGACGCUGAAGGCCGAAAUCGAGAAGUUUGACAAGGACGUGAGCAGCGCGUUGGAAGCCGACCCGAAUAUGGGCGAGACACUUAAGCAAGCGAGAGAGAUGGCUGAGAAAACCGUUAACCGUCGCAAGCGACAGGACACCACUCAGCAACACCACGAAUUCAAGAAGCCAACCGACGCUCAGAUGACCGCCAUCAAUCAGGAAAUAGCUCAACUUCAACAAACGAACCCGGAAGCUGGCAAGCUGGCCACUGAGGCGCAAAGCAUCAUGCGCAACGACACGAUGACACCGAAGGAGAAAAUGGGCAAAUUGCACGAGUUGCGCAACUCGAAUACCGACGCCUCCGUUAAAACCGCCCUGCACGACUUCGAAGAAAAAGUCAAGUCGAUCAUCCACGGAACGGCCAAUCAA